CUCCAUGUGUUUUUUUGAGUCAUGAAGUGUCAGGAGCACAGUCUCGAGCACAGUAUUUACUAUUCAAAAAACUUGUUGUGUUUUCGGUUUAAUAAAUAAAAUUUGAAAACUUGAAGAGAUGCUUUCAUUUUUCAAAAACAAGUCUGUCAUUAUUGGAAGUUGUGUUGGAACAGCAGUUGGUGGGCUCUUCAUUUUAAAAGAUGCAAUGCAAGGGGAACGAUUCAAAAAGAAGACUCGAGCUGAGAAUAAAGUCGUAUUAAUUACCGGUUGCAAUACGGGCAUCGGCAAAGAAACGGCACUAGAAUUAGCGAAAAGAGGAGCACACAUUUACAUGGCAUGUAGAGACAUGAAGAAAUGCGAGGAGGCCCGCAAAGAAAUCGUUCUUGAUACUAAUAAUGGAAACGUUUACUGUAGAGAGUGUGACCUAGCAUCAUUUAAAUCAAUCCGAAAUUUUGUGUCGCAAUUUCAAAAGGAUAGUGAACGACUGGAUGUUUUAAUAAACAAUGCCGGUGUCAUGAGAUGUCCUAAGUGGACGACGAAAGAUGGAAUUGAAAUGCAGCUAGGAGUGAAUCAUAUGGGGCAUUUCCUGUUGACCCUAUUACUGCUGGAUACAUUGAAGAAAUCCAGCCCCAGUCGCAUUGUAGUUGUAUCUAGCAUCGCUCACGAGCGUGGAAAAAUUAACCUCGACGAUCUGAAUAGUGACCAAAGUUAUGAUGAAGGAGCAGCAUACAAUCAAAGUAAAUUGGCUAACGUUCUAUUUGCCAAUGAAUUGGCGAAAAAAUUGGCUGGAACUGGUGUUACAGUGAAUUCUGUGCACCCAGGAAUCGUUGAUACCGAUAUCAUCAGACAUAUGUCCUUUUAUAGCAGCUGGAUUGCAAACAUCUUCAUACGACCAUUUGUGUGGCCGUUCGUGAAAAAUCCAAAGUCAGGAGCGCAAACCGUUAUAGCGUUGGCAUUGGACCCGGAAUUGGAGAAAACGAGCGGAACAUAUUUUUGCGAUUUAAAGCCAUCCAAGAUCAGUGAAGCAGCAGCCGACGCAAAAACAGCCGAAUGGCUAUGGAGAGUCAGUGAGAAGUGGACAGGAGUGUCAUUUUGAUUAAUUAGUGUAAACAAAGAUUAGGAAUUUUAUA